AUGAGCCUUCUCCGCACCCAGGCACCCCGCUCCCUCGCCAGGUCGCUGGCCUCCCAGAGGUCGGUGGCUGCUGCUCCCGCUGCCGCCCGCACGCUCGUCACCCGCCCCUCGGCCAAGUCGCCCGCCACCCUUGCCGGCCGUGCCCGCGUCUGCGCCGCCCAGCUCCCCCGCGUCGCCAUCGCCUCGCAGGUGCGCACCUACGCCGCCGAGUCCGGCAAGUUCGAGCGCACCAAGCCCCACAUGAACAUCGGCACCAUCGGCCACGUCGACCACGGCAAGACCACGCUCACCGCCGCCAUCACCAAGACCCUCCAUGAGGCUCAGGGUACCGGCAAGUUUAUCGACUAUGCCUCCAUCGACAAGGCUCCCGAGGAGCGUGCCCGUGGUAUCACCAUCUCCACCGCCCACGUCGAGUACGAGACCGGCAACCGCCACUACGCCCACGUCGACUGCCCCGGUCACGCCGAUUACAUCCGAAACAUGAUCACCGGUGCUGCACAGAUGGACGGCGCCAUCAUCGUCGUCUCCGCUCCCGACGGUCAGAUGCCUCAGACCCGUGAGCACCUUCUGCUCGCCAAGCAGGUCGGUAUCAAGAAGCUCGUCGUCUUCAUCAACAAGGUCGACCAGAUCGACGACCCCGAGAUGCUCGAGCUCGUCGAGAUGGAGAUGCGCGACCUCCUCUCCACCUACGGCUUCGACGGCGAGAACACGCCCAUUGUCUCCGGCUCCGCGCUCGCCGCUCUCGAGAGCCGCGACCCCGAGGUCGGCCAGCAGGCCAUCCUCAAGCUCAUGGAGGAGACCGACAAGUGGCUCGACCUGCCGCCCCGUGACCUCGAGAAGCCUUUCCUCAUGCCCGUCGAGGACGUCUUCUCCAUCCCGGGCCGUGGUACCGUCGUGACCGGCCGUGUGGAGCGAGGCACCAUCCAGAAGGGUGCCGAAGUCGAGAUCCUCGGUCUCGGCAACACCUUCAAGACCACGCUCACCGGUAUCGAGAUGUUCCACAAGCAGCUCGACCAGGGCAUGGCCGGCGACAACAUGGGUGCGCUCCUCCGUGGUGUCAAGCGUGAGCAGGUCAAGCGUGGCCAGGUCAUGGUCAUCCCCGGCUCCAUCAAGCCCAUCAAGAAGUUCACCGCCCAGGUCUACAUCCUCAAGAAGGAGGAGGGCGGCCGUUACACGCCCUUCAUGAACAACUACCGUCCUCAGCUCUUCAUCCGCACCGCCGACGUCACCGUCUCGCUCACUCACCCCGCCGGCACCCCGGACGCCGACGAGAAGAUGGUCAUGCCCGGUGACAAUGUCGAGCUCGACGGUGAGCUCGUUCACGACAUUGCUCUCGAGGAGGGUUCGCGAUUCACCCUUCGUGAGGGCGGCAAGACCGUUGGCACUGGUAUCGUCACCAAGAUCCACGGCUAA